AUGAAUGAAGUAUAUGAAAAUUUUGAUUUUCAAAAUAUAGAGGAUGAUAUAUAUUGGAAUAUUGAUAAUAUUGAUGAUGAUAUUGUGGUUGAAACAGAAAAUGUUGAUAGAGUGCUAGAAAAUCCAACUACAUCGUAUAAAUAUCAUAGUGUGAGAAAAGAAAACAUAAAAUGGGAAGCAAAGCCACUUACUACAAGAGAAAUUGUUUUUACAGCAGUACCAGAAAAAGAUUUUCCAAGUGCCCCAUUUCCACCUAUAGAAUAUUUUCUAAAAUACUUUUCAACUAUAUCAUUUGACGACAUGGCACAUUUUACCAAUUUAUUUGCUCAACAAAAUAAUACUAAAAACUGGACAGAUACUAAUGCAUCAGAAAUGAAGGUAUUUAUUGGAAUACAUUUGUAUAUUGGUAUUAUUGGGUUCCCUCGAGUCAUUAUGUACUGGCAGCCAGAUUAUCGAAUAAAUAUAAUAGCAGAUAAUAUGACAAAAAAUAGAUUUUUUGAACUAAGAACUAAUUUUCAUGUACAAGAUAAUUUAUUUAAUCCUACAGACAAUAGUGAUAAAUUUUUUAAAGUAAGACCUUUGUACAACUCAAUAAAAAGAUGCAAUGAACUACAUAUUGAAAAAAACCUAUGCAUUGACGAACAAAUGGUACCAUUCAAAGGACGCCUUGGUCUCAAACAAUAUAUGCGUGGUAAGCCUAGUCCGUGGGGUAUAAAACUAUAUUUAUUAUGUGGGGCUGGAGGCAUGGUUUAUGACCUAUUACUAUAUCAAGGCUCAAACACCGAAUUAGAUCAAGAAACUAAGGCACACUUUGGAUUAGGUGGAUCAGUUGUUCUGAAAUUGUGUGAACAGCUAAAGAAAAAUAGGCACAUAUUAUAUUUUUACAAUUUCUUUACAUCUUAUAACUUAUUAAAUGCUCUUCAAGAUCAAAAAAUAUAUGCAGCAGGUACAGCUAGAGUUAAUAGAUUUGCAAAUCCACCUCUUAUAACAGAUAAACAUUUACGAAAAUUGGGUAGAGGAGCAUCUUUUGAAGUAACUGGAUCUAAUGAAUAUGAAGGAAGAACAAAUCAAAUAGGAAUAAUAAAGUGGUUUGAUAGUAAAGGUGUUGUACUAGCUUCUAACUUUUUGACAUCAGGUAAUACUGAUGAAGUUAACAGAUGGGGCAAAAAAGAAAAAAUAUAUUACACUAGAAAGACCAGAAAUAGUAAAGUUGUACAACAAAAAUCACGUAAAUGGACUCUUCGUAUGGUAACACAUUCUUUUGACAUGGCUUUGACAAAUAGUUGGAUGGAGUAUCGAAAUGAUGCAACACAUUGUAAUAUUCCAAAAAAAAUGGACUUGCUUCUUUUCAAACAACGUGUAGCAAAAACCCUUAUUUCUCUUGGUAAAGGUCAAAUGUAUACUCCUGAGCGGAAAAAAAAAGUAGGAAGGCCUAGUUCUUCACCUUCAGCACCAUUAAUUCCAAUAAAAUCAAGAAAACCAAGAAAUAUUGAUGAUCCAACUCCAUAUAAUGAAAUUCGUUAUGAUUGCAAUAACCAUUUUGCUAUAUUCGAUGACAGACAACAUACUACUAGAUGUAAGUAUGAAAAAUGUACUCUAAAAACAUCAAUAAAAUGUACAAAAUGCCGUUUACACAACGUGUUUUAA